CCAUCUUUGUCCUUCCCGACUUCUUGCCCAUAAAAAGAAAAUCCAUACACCUUCAAGGCCUGUGUCAGCUAAUCCAUUUAGCAGGGUUCGGUUGUCAAUUCCUCUCCAAAACAGACCAUUCCCCCUUUUUGGCUUCCUUGCCAACCUGUGUGCCUUUCUCUCUCUCUCGUAUCAGGGAUCUGUUCUGUGGCAUACAGUUUAAUUCCAAUUUUCAUUAAGCCAAGAGGGUUUGAACCACCGCAUUUGAGCAGAAGGGUCCGAUCCCGUUUGUACAUCCGAGAGUGGACGCUCUUUGCCCUCUCACAUUCCUCCUCUGGCUUCUCUAACGCACCGUUUUCUCUUCCUUCUUCCCCUUGUCACAAAGCAGUUUUCGUUGCCGACUGUGAGCUGCACACUGCUUUUCCUGACCGGUUUCAUCGCAGCCAGGGAAAAUAAGCAGGGUUGUCAUUGAAAGGGAGAAAGAAGAAAGGACAGAAGGAAGGAAAGAGAGUAGAAAGCUGGUGCUUAUUAGCUGCCCGUUGGUAUCGGAAGCAUCCUUUGGAUUCAAGGCUUUCCAUUCCAGUCUGUGCUAAGCUUGCCAGCUGAUCUUCAGCCGUUCUUUCGGUCUGUGGAUGACUGCUAAAUCCAUAGCUCCAUAGAGAGGAUGGAGAAAACGCUUCUGGUUUUUGCUCUCGUCUUCUUCCUUCAAGGCUGUAAUUGCUCCAUAGCCGAGCACCGGCUCUAUACGGAAUUGUUCGCCAAUUACAACAACAUCAUCCGGCCGGUGGCCAACGUAUCCGACCCGGUCAUAAUUUGGUUCGAGGUGUCCCUCUCGCAGCUGGUCAAAGUGGAUGAAGUGAACCAGAUUAUGGAAACCAAUUUAUGGCUGAAACAUAUUUGGAAUGAUUACAAGCUGAGGUGGGAUCCGGCCAAGUACGGAGGUGUUCAGUUCAUUCGGGUGCCUUCCCAAAAGAUCUGGAAGCCAGAUAUUGUAUUAUACAACACUGCCGUUGGGGACUUCCAGGCAGACGACAAAACCAAGGCCGUGCUGAACUAUACCGGAAACGUGACCUGGAUGCCACCUGCGAUUUUUAAGAGCUCGUGCAAAAUCGACGUGACCUACUUCCCAUUCGACUAUCAGAACUGCACGAUGAAGUUUGGCUCCUGGUCCUAUGAAAAAGACGAAAUCGACUUAGUCCUCGUCGGCUCCACGAUGAACCUCAACGACUACUGGGAAAGUGGGGAGUGGGCCAUCAUUAAAGCGCCGGGCUAUAAGCACGACAUCAAGUACAACUGCUGCGAAGCCGUCUAUCCCGACAUCACCUAUUCCCUCUACAUCAGGAGGCUGCCCUUGUUUUAUACCAUCAAUAUGAUCAUCCCUUGUCUCUUGAUCUCUUUUCUGACCGUGUUGGUGUUCUACCUGCCUUCGGACUGCGGCGAGAAAGUCACGCUGUGCAUUUCGGUCCUCUUAUCCUUGACCGUCUUCCUCCUGGUGAUAACCGAGACUAUUCCUUCCACCUCCUUGGUGAUUCCCCUGAUUGGGGAGUAUCUCCUUUUCACCAUGAUCUUUGUCACCCUCUCCAUCGUCAUCACGGUCUUUGUGCUUAAUGUGCACUACCGGACUCCCAGAACGCACACCAUGCCCCAGUGGGUGAGAGCCGUCUUCCUCAACUUUCUCCCCAGGGUCAUGUUUAUGACCAGACCGGCCGACGAAGAUGAGGAACAGGAGGAGGAGGAAGGCAGUCAGAAACCAACGUCGCCUUACAACACGGAGCUCUCCCAUUUAAGUUACCUCGGUGCCUCCUCGGAAACCAGGUGCUGCAAAGACAGCUUCCCCUGCCAAGACCUGAAGUGCGGUUGCUACCAGCAUCCCCAUAUUAAUUAUGUGAAGGUGAACAGCAACCUCACCCAGAGCUCCAGCUCUGAAUCUAUAGACGCUCUGCUGUCCUCUCUGGUUAUCUCGCCGGAGAUGAGAGACGCGGUGGAGAGCGUCAAAUACAUUGCAGAAACCAUGAGGUUGCAGAACGAAGCGAAGGAGGCUCAAGACGAUUGGAAAUACGUCGCCAUGGUCAUUGACCGAAUUUUCCUGUGGGUAUUUAUCCUCGUGUGCAUUCUGGGAACCGCUGGAUUAUUUUUGCAGCCAUUGCUGAUCGGAGACGAAGUAUAAACAAAGGUGC